AUGACGGUCACUCGCUCGAAUUUCAAAUCAGAUGUCUUAAAGACAGAGGAUGCCGAUCAAAAACCCUCACAAUCGAUCGCGGAGUCUGCGGGACUGGUAGACAACGAGCUGUUUGUCCCACUCGCUGGCCCUCUCCCCGUCACAAUCCCCACUGCAGACGAGACACACAAGGCUACUACUCGUGAGGCUCCGAAGUCGAUCAAGAUAGUCCAGAGACGCAAACGGAAGGCUCCAGCCCCGAAACCCGGCCCCGAGUCCAGCCCAGAGAUAAAGAAGAAAGUUAUGGUUGGGAAGCCCGGACUACCAGAAACUGAUGAUCCCGAUUUCAUCAAGACCAAGCCAGACGCUGUGACGACGAUGGGCUUCCCCCUCCCUAAGAUCAAUCAUGGGGGUACUCGACCCUCGAGGGUGCCCCGGCACUUAUACCCACCGCUUCCGAUCACAGAGGAAAUGAUGGAUGACGCACAUGCGAUCGAAACGUUGCUUCAGGACCUCUUGGUCGUUCGAGAGGCGCUUGACUGGGAUUGCCGACGCCUGGGCCGUCGACUGUGGUUAGUGAAGAGGAAAGCAGCACUGGAGGAGCAGCGGGAGGAUGCGCACCGUCUGAAGUUGUGGGAGCAUGGCGAUGAACCUUUGCUUGAGUUUAUCAAGCGGCUCGAGGAGGAGAAUAUGAAGCUUGAUGAGCAGGAGUUCCGCUGA